AAGACACAGACAGGCCCGCUUGGAAUAUGUUGAGCCGUCUGGAAGUACUACUAGCAGAGAGGUGCUAUUCGCAGAAGUAGCCACGAAUCCAUUCUGGUUUGAAUACCUUGUUGCCACCCGUCUUUGUGCUCGUGGUAGGAACCGAUACAACUGUGCUUUACCCCUUCUCUUUUUCAUCUACUCUUUCUAGAAAACAUUUUAUUUCCUCAUUACCAUUUCUAUCUUUCCUAACGAACAAGAAAGAUGCCGCACCCGCAGUACGGCGAAGACGGGGCGCUGUUACCAGCGUAUAACGAAUUCGAGGACGAGAUGCCCGAGGAGAAGCGCCCCACGCCAUGCAUUGGGUGCUGCGCCCUGUGGGUGAUCAUCACUGUAUCCAUCGUAGUUUUACUUGCGGUAGGUGCGGUCAUUGCGUGCGUGGUUUUGGGAUCCACUACGCAAGGGACAGUGGUGGUUGAACUGGACGAAGACUGGGUGGCCGCGGCGGCGCAGACCGGCAGUGAAGGAGCACCAGAGCCACGCAAGUCCAUUCCGGACCCCGUCGGGGACGAAGAGAGCCCACCGAGCGCUGCGGUGCAAGAACUUCUGAACGCCAAAUCGGCGCACUUGACACUGGCGGAGAGGCAGCCGCCGUUGGAGCGUCCUAGAUCUCCGGCGGGAGAUCCGCUGUACCGCGAGGCGCCGAUGCAGUUCGCGUGGUACCGCAACACUGCUGGUCAGGUCGCGGGCCAGGCGUCGGUGCGCGUUGACAUUGGAACUGGGCCAGAUGCUUUUAAAAACCGGGCGAUGAUCUUGUGCACGGGCUGUGGCGCGCAGAACUUCUUCAUCAUGGAGGAGAGCGAGCAGUUCCGUUCCACCACGGAGAAGGAACUGAAUCCGCUACCACAUGUUGCGAAGAAACUAUCAGGUGACAAAAAAGUGACCGUGAAUAUUUAUAACGACGGAACAUCGUUUCCCCCGGGGCGUCUACUGGCGGACGAGGCAAAGGUGGUUCUUUACCAACCGGAGAAGUCAAUAUUUCCCUACUACAGCAGUUUUUGCACCCGUGAAGAGAUUCUUGCCCAUUACCGACAGCGCCGGUCACUUCCUGACGCGUUGCUGGAUCGAUUGAUCGUUUGCCCAAGGAACGAUUCUGAGCCUCCCGCCGCAUUCGACAAAAAGGGAUUGUGGCCUGUACCCAGCUACUCGCUUUCCUUGGCACCGAGCGCCUCGGACCGGGAGCGGGUGCUGAAUUUUGUGCACAUCGAGGAGCCGACGGACGACCCGAGCGGCUUCCACGGUAUUCUCGGGCUGGGAUUUUGGGACGAGCGGAACGGUGGAGCAAACAAUUUGCACGCGCGGGACGCGGCGGCGCACGUGCUCCAGCAGCUCCGCCUUGGCGCGAUAGAGGAAGGUAGGGAAAAUACAGUGUUCAGCUUCGAUAUUACCGUUCCCGCCGGACAUUCGGAUGCGUUUUCAGCACGCUACGCAGUCAACGGGAGCGCUGACAGCCUGAGCUGGUCGAAGAAGCCCCAUUUUAUACUCGGCACCUCGCCGGCUCCCGACCGCCUGCGGCGCUUCCCGGUGAUGCCUGAGCCGAUCCGGAACGACGAGUUGCUCUCCCAACUGCUCAGCGACCGCGGGCUUUCCGCCCUCGGAGAUCCGGGCACCCCGGCGCAGCAAAGUUCGGCGCACCACAAGAUGGCGCUGAAGGCGUUCGCGCGAUGGUACCUCUACAAAACCGAAAAUGAAGAGGUGAACGGCGCUGAGAAUGGCUCAGCGUACGAGUAUCAGUUCCGUGGGACGCCACUCCGCGAACAGCAACACCUACCCUCGCACGAAUACGUCAAGGAAAAACUGGACUUCCGCGGCCCGUCCUGGAGCCUGGCGGCCAGCAAAAUUCGCAUCGGCAACACGAUUUACGAUGCCGCGGACGACGUUUUCGCGCCGGAGGCCGGGGUCGAGUUUUCCGCUGAGAAGCACCUGCAGGCGGAUGUUUUACCCUCCGUCGAGUGGGAGUAUGACACGACCAAGGGCGGCAUCAACGGAAAAAGCGAGGAAGCAAAAACGAAGUUGCGCCCGCGGAAGCCGAGCAGAACGACAUACACCGAUAAAAGGUACUCGCUACAUCUGGAUUCCGCCCACGGGGGGAUUAUGUUGGCGGCGCCCCUGCGUGAGGUUUUUGAUAAAAAGUUCAAGAAGUUGACGGAAGGGAAUGGUAAACGAUGCGAGGACGGUCCCGACAUUGCAUUCGAGUUGACGGAAGAGAUUGCUGAAAGCGCGGACGAAGGAGAGGGGGCAAGAACCGAAGUGCCAGCUUCCGGUUCCUCCGCAAAUCAAAAAUCCUCGUCUCACACGCAUUGGUACGUUCUGCAUGCGAAGAACUACUGCUACUGCAAAGGCAAGAAGCAUGUUCAACUUCGCCACUGCGUCGGGACAAUUAAUGACCCGUCGGAUACCCUCAACCGAAAGGCCAUGUAUUUAGGCCGGCCCUUUCACCGGGCUUUCUACGUGGGGUACGACUUUGUGAAACGCGAAAUUCUGUUACCCAGAUUUUAGAGAGUGAUAUUGUAAGAUGGAACUCAUACCAUAGUAGGAAUACAUGAUGUUUGUUGUACAUAAUUUGGAAAUGUUAGACUCGUGAUGAUGUGUCCGGGAUCCGGAUAGCGCUCGCAUUAGCCUCAUCUCCAACAGAGGUGUUGCGUUUAUAGUUUCUUUGCCAGGAUAGAGAUGUAUGAACAGAAACCUAGAACGAUUUGACUACAACGGUAACGGAUUUUCCCUAUUACAAAGUGUUUUCUUGCUGUACGUGGACAAUUUUAAACAUCCUAGAAAUUUGUUUCCUCGAAAAAAAGACAUUACAUGCAUAGGCAGGCUCGUUAACAGUCACUGCCACAUCUAGAAGAAUCAAGCUACAUGAAGUUUUUUUGCUGAUGUCACAUUCAAUUGUACGAAACCUGGAAAAGCUUUGAGCGCCAGCUGGUCCAGGCCGAGCGAGUGCAGUGAAGAAUUCGCAAGCGGUUUUCGAAUUCUGAAAACGAACACAGAAUUUGUACGGAGAGCGUGCAAGUCAUCAAACCCUUGUACAGAGAGUAUGCGGCGGGACCCGGCUGCAGGAUAAAAAGCGAUAAUUUCGCCACGACAAACAACAUUCGCC